AUGAUACAACUUCAAUACAUUGCCAACGCCACUGACCAGAUUGACCGGGCAGCUUACAGCAGCUUGAGUCAGCAGCUCGGCACCAGCGUCCGCGAGCUGCACCGCGUGCUCACGCAGGUUCUGAUGAGUGAGCGCAGCACCGACGGCGCAGUGCGCUCUCUCAAGACGCUCGAGCUGCUCGUUGAUAACGUCACCUACAGCCGCCUGGCUCCCGGCCUGCUGUCCUGCGUCGCCUCCUGUGUUAAGCCUUUUGUCACGCACACAGAGGCUGUGGUGCGAGCCAACGCGCUGUCAGUGAUGGUGUCGGUGCUCCUGGUUAAGCCGAGUGUGGGGGAGGUGCGGCUGCUCCUGCUGCACUACGCCGCCCCUCACGGCCGCCCCUCGCACCUCGACACCGAGGGGUCGUUUGUCACGCUCUGUGAUGAACCGCAUCAGUGGGAUGAGGAGACGCCUGAUGAAGAGACGAAUUCAGAGCUGGAUGAUGUCAGCAAAGCGUUAUCAGGCUCCUCUAUCUCGGGGAGAACCGCAGACCGUGGGUCCGUUCUGCACUCUAUAGGGAACGUAGCGUCAGCUGGUGCUGCUGCGGCGAGAAGCGCAAAUGAAGUAUCAACGUCUGCAUUAAUAGAUGCGGCGAACAUGACAAAAACGAGCGAAAUAAAUGCUGCGAACGAAAUGAAAACCGCAACAGUGCCUCCUCAACGUCGCAGUUUACCGAGCCGACGCAGCUUCCUCUACUGGCUGCUGGACGUGUGCAUUGGUACUCUCCUGCCGCCUGCUGCUGCCCGGGGAGUCCAUGUCCAGGUGCUACUGCAGUCACUGCGGGUGCUGAGUGCUCUGCUGAGCGAGCACUUCUGUCUUGUUUACUUCAAACUCGGCCUCAUACAACGCGUCAUCGCCGACCACUGCGCCUUCUUCCUGCAGACGACUGACCGGGCUGGUCAACUUAGCUCUGAGGCCUGCCAUCCUCCAUCUGAAACUGGAGUGGUGCUGAAGCACGUGUUCCCGCUGUUGAGCUCGCUGGUGGCGCUACUGAAGAAGGAAUGCGAUGCGUCGUUGAGGUCAGAUCCUCUACCACCACCGGCACCUAGAGUGCCAUCACCUUGCACUCAUCGGGCCUCGGGCAACUCGGCAGUACCACAAGAAAGUGCCAAGGAUGACCGAGUUUGCGCCAUAGAGACGAGCUUCUCUCCCUCGGAGUGGCGACGUCUGGCACUGGAUGUGUGGCUUUGGACAUUACAGGAACCUCUGCAAGGCCUUCUGCAGCUCCCUGCCGUGGAUCCUGCAGCAUCUUCCUGCAAUCCUGGCGUGUUGCGGUGGCGUGCUGCUCUGACGAGCGCCUCUGAUGCGGGCGACAUGGCGCGGUGUCAGCUCGUGGCUGCUGCCGGCGUACUUACGCACGUCACAUCUGAGGUAACGGAGCACUUGUCUGAGCCUCUCCUGGAGUCCGUGAUGCAGUUCGUCCUGUGGCUCAUCGGCCACUCACAUAGGGACCUGAGCGUGUGGGGAGUGCGAGUGUGCGGGUGCAUCAGUGAGCACCCCGCAGUGCAGCGCUCCCCGCUGGCGGUGACCCUCAUCUGUGCUGCCGUCACUAAGGGCACGGCGCUUCUUGCUGCUGCUGAUGAGUGUGAGAGGCUGGAGCGCUCUGAUGACGAGGUGUCUGCUGGUGGAGCUGUCAACAAGACGCGCCUCAUGGCGAUGUCAGCGCUAGCCAAUCUCGCUUCCUCUCUCAAGCAUUACAGUCCCGGUCAUCCCGAGAAAGAAUUACUGCCGUGUGAACUGGUGGAGCAGCUUCUAGAGGUCGCGAUUGCUGCCUGCAAUGACAAAAGCAAAGUCCGGCCCCACGGCGUGCGGUGUCUGGGUAGCACCAUAGGCUGGCUGCGAGACGUGGCCUACCAACAGCAGCAGGGGAACCUACUGUCGCCUCAACGAGCAACAUGGUGGAGCGUGAAGUCUGCUGUAAUAAGCCGAGCCCUGACUACACUCGUCGACUGCUGCAGCCGUGGCAGUAACAUGAAGAUGCGCUGGAAUGCCUGUCACGCUCUGGGCCACCUACUGCAGUGCCCCUUGCCUAUUGAACACACUCAGAAAUGGAGGGACCCAAUUGUGACGUUGCUUUGCGACCUCAUAGGCGGGUUCCACAACUUCAAAGUGCGCAUCCAAGCUUGUGGCGCUCUCUGCAGUCUGCCCUGUCGUGAGCUCUACACUAGCCACUACUGCCUGGCUUGGAAGUCGUUGCUUGCUGCUGCUAAUUCCUCUCAGAACGUCGUCGAUUACCUUGAGAUACUGCACCGUGAAGACCUCAUCAGACAAGUGGUGCAGGGCAUGUGGCACCUGUCAUCCAUGGUCGCCCUGCCUGAUAGUUCAUGGCUACGCAGUGCGCUGCUAGAGAACCAGGAGAGCGUCGCUGCCGUCGUGCGCAGAGCUAACGUCAGCCUGCCACCGCAUCAGUGGGAGGCCAACGAGCGGGCCCAGCAGCAUGUGCUUGGAUUAAUGCAGGGAUCCGAUGCACUGACCGACGAGCAGGCAGAGAUGUUGACUUUACUACAAGAACUCUUGCUAGAGCCGCGGUUGCCUUCGUUGAGCUUCGACUCAUCAGUCGCUUAUGCAAGCGGCCUCAAAUCCUCACAUUAUAAUGACUUAAAGCAAUUCUCGAAGUAAUAUGUAUUACAGAAUAAUUUACUACUUAAAAUACUUCUAUUGUAAUUCAGUGAUUACUUUCUGAAGUAAUUAGUUACAUUGGCAUAACCCCAAAAAGCAGUUCUCAAAUAACAUUCGCCCACGGAACAGCACUUAAAACAUUUGAAUUGUGGAAGCAUCAAAUGAUGCGGAUGUUUCUGAGCAAAUAUGUUGAAUGUAGGAAAAAUUAAAGUUAUUCUUGAUUUUAUUACUGAAACGUUAUAAUUGUAACUAUUCUUCAAUUUUAUGAGUUAAAUUAAUAGAGAAAUUCAGUGUCAUACGUAAAUAGUUGCAAUAUCUUUUCCAAUAAAAAUCUAAGAUGUUAAAUUCGUAGUGCCUUUAAGGACGCCUCUUACUAAGUAAGAAAUGUCUAUAUAUUUUUUAUACAGAUUGCAACUUAAUAAGAAAUAGAGUAGGAAAAGUAGCUGGGUGAAUCACGAUCUGUGAACGUUUUUGUAUGAUGCUGAGUUCUUCUGUCAUCAAAUUAGAAUUUUUUAACCGAGGAGGAUAAUUUUGCACUGUUUCCCCUAUAUUUGUAAGAAAAACAGCGCAGCUCGAGCCAUAUUUUAGCUACUUUUUUUGUGAACAUCUCAAGACGAUGCUUGGUGGCCAGUGUGAUGGUAGUUGCUCUCUACUGUCUUGGCCUGCUAGGCUGGUCUAGGGAUAAUAAGCACACUGUGAUGUCAGUUAACUUGUUGAUUAUUUUGCUCGUGAAGAGAUACGUGUAAAUAAGGCUUUAUUUAUUAAUUUGUAUGUUUUGUACAAUAUCUUGCCGUAGCAGUUACAAAAAUUUUGUAUUUCUGGAGGAAACCUUGUAAGUUUAGUUCUUCAAAUUACAUCUGUCCAGAUAUUUAUUUUUUAUCCAAAUGGAAAAGUUCAUUGCCAAGAUAAAAAGAAAAUCCAGAUAUCAUGAAUUCGUGCUUAUUAUGAUUCAUUGGAAAAAUUUAAGAUUCACGAUUGUACGCGGAAAUUAACAGAUCUCUGAGUACGAAAAUAUCCGCAAUAAGAAUCCGCUGUAUUUCACAAUAAAUAUAGUACUCUAA